AUGUUUGCCAGACAAGCCUUUCGUGCGGCUCAGCCUAUGAGAUCGCAAUACCGUCGAUAUGCGACCGAGAACACCAGUGGGAGCUCGAAUACCGCCCUCUACGGAGGUGUCGCUGCGGCCGUAGCCGGUGUCGGAUACUACUUCAUGAGCCAAGGCGAUAACGUAGAGAAGGUGAAAUCAGCGGCAAAGGAUGCGGAAGCCAAGGCCAAGGGAGCAGCUGGUUCUGUUAGUGGUGCUGUCUCAAAGAGUGCCUUCACUGGUGGUGAUCAAGGCUGGGUGGGGUUGAGAUUGGAGAGUGUCGAGAACUACAACCACAAUACCAAGAAAUUCAGAUUCAAGUUACCAGAAGAUGACCAGGUCAGCGGCCUUCAGGUCGCUUCUGCACUUCUCACGAAGUUCAAGGAGCCGCAGAUGGAUAAGCCUGUAAUUCGACCAUACACACCAACCAGCGACGAGAGUGAUAAGGGAUUUUUGGAACUGUUGGUUAAGAAAUAUGAGGGAGGAGCGAUGUCUAGCCACAUCCAUAGCAUGGCUGUCGGCCAAGAGCUCGAUUUUAAGGGACCACUUCCAAAAUACAAGUGGGAGGAGAACAAGCAUAACCACAUUGCUCUGAUUGCGGGAGGAACCGGAAUUUCACCCAUGUAUCAACUCACUCGCGCCAUUUUCAACAACCCUAACGACAAGACCAAGGUCACCCUUGUGUUUGCCAACGUCACUGAAGCCGACAUUCUUCUCAAGGAGGAGUUCGAACACCUCGAGAACAAGUACCCUCAACGAUUCCGUGCAUUCUACACCCUCGACAAGGCGCCAAAGGAAUGGAAUGGAAACACCGGCUAUAUCACCAAGGAAGUAUUGAAGACCGUCCUACCUGAGCCAAAGACCGAGAACAUCAAGAUCUUCGUCUGCGGUCCACCACCUAUGUACAAGGCCAUCUCCGGCGCAAAGAAGUCACCUUCUGACCAGGGUGAGCUUGAUGGUGCUAUUCUUGAGCAGCUCGGCUACAGCAAGGAUCAGGUUUACAAGUUUUAG